GAUUAGAGUAAAGCAUACUGUAACCUACGCAGCCGUAAAGUGGCGAUGGCGUUUUGUGUUUUAUAUUCUUUUGUGAAUAAAAUCUGGCGUUUAUGCGCGUUUUGUCGUCCGAUAUCAAUCCAUUAUUAUAAUUUGUAUCUUUUAAGAUAAAGCGAGAUAUAAUUGUUCCUUGUUAUAAUUAUAUCGAAGAAAAAUUAGGCCAGGUAAUACGAGAAUCAAAAAAAAAAUAUUAAAGAAGCCCUCGCUUAGAACAGCCGGCGAACGUGACUCAGUUUGUGCAGUAAAUGCAAUAUUCUGAUGUUAACGACAAUAUAUUAUUGAGAAUAGAAAUCGCCACAACACAUGCGGUAAAUAUUGCGUACAUACAAAACAUUCGUAGAAAUGUCAGACGUAGAAAAGAUGGAAGAUACUACAAUGGAUACGCAAGAUACUUAUUAUGAAAAUCCAAAAGAUAGUGCUGUAAAUGAAAGUCAGGAUUUUCAACUUGUUGAUACUGAUGAAAUAAAUUCAUCUACAAAUAAAUUAGAAAUUCAAUCUGAGAAUGAUAAUUCAAAAACUAAAGAUGAUUCGAAUAAGGAACAAAGUCAGACACACGAUGAGAUAGCCGAAGAUAAAACGAGUGGAUUAGAAAAGAAAAGUGAAAGCAAUGUUGAAAGCAAUGAAAAAGAUAAUGUUGCGGAUGAUAGUUCUAAACUUGAUGACCAAAAGGAUGAUACCGAUGAUGAGAAUGAUAUUGUCCAAGGUACGCCUCCUAUGAUGUAUUCGCCAUCUAAAAAGGAGGUUCAUGGUACAUCUGAAAAAAUGGGUCUCAAACGUAAAGCAGAUUCUGUUGAUAAUCCUGUUACUAAGUUGUUAAGAAGUUCAUCCUCAGAAGAUGCUUUAAGUAUAGAAAAAAAUAAAGUUCAUAAUGAUGAUAGUCAUCAUUCAGAUAAAUCAGAUGAUUCUCAAUUAAAUAUUUCAAGAAAUUGUACAAUACCAGAUGUAGUAAUUGAAGAAACUCAGGAUGUAGAAGGUGAAGAACUUAUUGAAUCCAACGUGAAAAAUUCUGAUUUUGUUUUAAGUGAAACCAAAGAUGAUAAGAACUGUGAAUCAUGCCCUGUACAGAAAUGUUUAAAUAAGAAUGAAAAUAAUGCUAAAAAAACUUAUGAAAUAAAUCAAAAUGAAACUGUAAACAAUCCAAUUACAUCCGACACAUCUACUAAUAUAACUACUAUUACCACCACAGCUACCACUACUACUAGUACUGCUAUUACUACUAGUACUGCUAUUACUACUAGUACAAAUGACGAUAUUGAAAAAGAAAAUACUUUUGAUGUUAAUAUGACUAAGGUUAGCGAUGAAAAAGAAUUAACUGAGAACAAAGAAAUAGAAAAUAUAGAAAUAUCAGCAACUGAUGUAACAGUAAAGAAUGAUUCAAAUUCCGAUGUAUCAAUUAAUUCUUCUAAAGAUAUAAAUGAAGAAAAGACACUUACUCCUGUAAAUAAGGAGGAUAAUAAAAGUUCAACAUCCAAGAAUAUUGACGAUGUUAAUUUGCAGAGUAAAAGCAGUACCAGUGAGGAAAUAGUAUUAGAUAAAAUAACAAUAAGCAAACAGCAACCUGUUGCAUCUACUUAUACAAACAAACCGCGUAUGAGCAUAGAGGUUGUUUUUGACAAAUCAACUAUGUCUCAAGAAAAGAAAAUGAAAUUACCAGAAUUAGUUGAAAUUGAUGAAGAUGGGGAGAAAAUUAUCUUGGAUUCGUCGCAGGAGAAUUCUAUAGGAAAACUUGGUGAAAAAGAAGUUUUUGAUACUACAAAUACUGAAAAUAUUUAUAAAAGUUGUUACGAAAAUAAAAAUAGUAAUGAUUUCAAUUAUAAAUCUUUAAUUAACACCAAAGAAUCGUCAGUAGAUUCAAAAUCUGAUAAACAUCAUUUUAAUGGAAAUAGUGAAUGUAAGAAAUGCGAUACAGAUGGUACGGCUAGUGUAGAAUCAGAUAUAUUUACUAAUGAACUGCAUUCUACUAUUUUAAAAGGCGAUAAUGUUUUACGGUCUAUGAAUAAAGAAACGAAGAUGCCUGCUUCGGUAACUAAAGAGAGUGAUAAUGCAGAUUUAAUAAGUGUGAGUGAUAAUGAACAUGAUGUUUCACUUAUAGAUGAUAAUGUUAAAAGUAAAUCUGAGUUAAGUAAUGCAAAUUUACUUGCAAAAGCUUUACAAGUAGAAAAAGAAGUUGGUGUGUAUGUAAGACUUAAAUGUUUAUUACAUAUUGAUGAGAGUACAAAAGAAUUUCUGAACAAAGAAUUAAUGAGUGUUCAUUGUGAACCUAUAGUAGAACUUUCAUCCGCACGCCAAAAAACAGAAGACACUUCUGCUUCGUUAGCUGAUAUUUCUGGAAAUGACAACAAGGAUACCUCGCCAGGAUCAGUUAACAGCAAUCCACAAUUAUUUCAUUUAAACCCUUCGAGACUUUCUUUCCUUUCAACAAUUAGUUCUACAAGUUCAGCAUCCAGUGCUGCUUCUUUAGUCGCUAAACUUGCAGCUAAAGACACACAUUUUUCACUACCUCGAGGUCCAGCUAAACAUGCAAAAAAGUCAGUGUAUGAAAUACCAUCAGCACCACAGAAACAAAAUAUAGAUGAAUCUCAUGAGAGAUUAAUUAAGGAAUGGAAAAAUAAUCGUUUAUUAGUAACAACCAUUUUGAGUUAUUUAAAUACAGAGGUUAAUACAAUUGAUACAUAUAACAUAAGUAAUGAAAGAUUAGAUGAUGUUCUGCAAAAAAUUAGAUGUUCUACGCCAGAAGAACAAGACGAAAGGGCAAUGGAAACAACAACGCCCAAAAGUUCCAGAAAAAAUCGAGCAUCAAAAAGACCACGAAGUAAAAAUACCAGAGCAGGUGUACAAACGAAUGGAAUGUGCAAAAUUUCACCAAAAGAAUUGAUUUCUUCCCAAGGAAAUAACAGUACUCCUAGUAGUAGAAAGAAAACUAAAACUGAUAAAAUUGAUAGUGAUAUACCAUCCAAUAACACUGUUUCAUUCGUUAAAGAUUUAUCAUACAUUAAUAUAAACGAUGAAUUGGUUGGUAAAGAAGUAUUUGCCAAGUGGUCUGACAAUAAUUAUUAUCCAGGUACAGUCACGGAAAAAGUUAAGUUAAAAUAUAAAGUGAAUUUUUACGAUGGGAAAAAUAAAUUACUUAUAGAAGAUUUUAUUAUACCAAUACCAAAGACCCUAAAAGAAGGUUUAUCAGUAUACGCGACUACGGCAGAGGAUGAUUAUGGUUCCUGUGGCUUAAUAGUUGAAGUCCAAAAUACUAAUAAUGAUACAUAUUAUUCAGUAGAAACGGAUGAAGGAGAGAAAUUACAAGUCCAGGUGAAAGACAUCUUUUUGUCAUCAGAUCAAGCGCAAGUAUUGAAGGAAGAAAUAUUUGUCAAAAUAAAUAAUCUUCCGUCUACGCCUAAGCUUUCGGGCCAAAUAACAUUAGACAACAUGGUAGAUGGAAAACGGCGUUCUAAACGAAUUGCCACACCUACAUUUUCAACUCCAAAAUCUAAGAUAUUGGCUGGUAGUUCUAUUGAUAAAAAUAUUAGUAUAUCGGAACCUUCUGUUUCUGGUAUAGCUUCUAAAACUAAGAAGAGAGAUUCUUCUGAAAAUGAGAGUAAAUCUAGUGAUUCAAAUCUUUCUUUAAAAGAUGAAACUGUAUUAAGUGGCGUGCAACCAGAAAUUAUUGGAACGCCAAAUGAACAAAUUGUAAAAGGACCUCAGCAUAGAAUAAAAGGAAAACCACGAAGUAAGAAAAAAGCUGAAAAUGAAGAAACUAUUGCGACUUUGGGUCCUAUUCCAAACAACAAUUCUACUUUAUUUAAAGGCAUGUCAUUUAUUCUUACUUGUGCGUCAUUGGAAGUACUUGAUAGGUUUCAAGCAGAUGCUAAAGAUUCUGGUUCUGAAACUGGAACAGAAAAUGAAGAAGAAUGGGUCCGUAGACCAUUUGUAAGGGAUAGGCUGAAAACCCAAAUAGAAGCUGGAAAAGGUAAAAUUUAUGACGAGUUUGAUUUAAUACCAAAGGAAGAAUAUAAAAAUACAAAACUGAUUACAAAUGUGCCAAAUGUUACUGCAAAAAAUUUAUUAUGUCUUUCGGUCGGAAUUCCUGCAUAUAAUCAUAAUUGGAUUAUACAGUGUUGUCAAGAGGACAAAUUAAUAAAUCCAGCAGGAUGGAGCUUACCUGCCGGAUGGAGUUUGGAUAAACAAUCUUAUAUUGAAGUUUUUCAAAGGCCUAGUAAUAAACCAUUAACUCAAGUUAUAGUAAUAAUUCCUAUUGUAGAAUCGGACAAAAAAUUUACAUCUUUUUGGCGCCAAAUAUGUGAAAAUGCAGGUGCUGUGGUUUUGCUGGUAGAUGGUUCAGAAAGUAUGGAAGGAUUUGCAGAAGGUACAGUAGUAGUUACUAAUCGCAGAUGUCCUUCAUGGGCAAUUACAAAAGCUGGAGAAUGGCAAUUACCAUUGCUUUCCACAACGUGGGUUGUUCAAUGUUUAAUUGAAGGCAAAAUCUGUCCAUAUGACUCUCAACUACGUUAUAAAUAUAAUUAUAUACAAAAUUAAAAUCCUUCCUCUCCAGCAAGGUGUUAUUGGCCAUAUCUGUAAGUACAACAAAUAUAGUUAUGAACGGAAAAGAAAAAGACACAUUUUGUUUUUAAAUUUCAAAUGUUUUCAAAUAUUCUAUUCUUAUGUAUUUCUUUAUGUUUAUGAUUCCUUUGAACUAUGUGUAUAUAUAUAUAUAUACAUAUAUGAAUAUAUAC